AUCCAUGCAAGACGACGCGCCGGCACGGGCGGCGACGACUGCCGCAGAUGCGGAAUCGAGAUAUCCUCCGCAGUUCGCGGGAGCAGCCAUGCCGGCGCUGCAGCCCGCACGUGAGAUACAUUGUAGAUCGAGGCGCCGGCGCGGAGAUCAGGCUUGAGUCGCCCGCGGAUCGGUCGGAGUUGCUGCAGCGGACGCGGACACGGUCCUGGGACUGCGGAGCCAGCGAGAGCGGCGUCGUGCGCACGGGGGAAUCGAC